GGCAGGUGGUUGGAGCGGGAGAUGGAGCUCCCCGAGCGGGUUGCGUCUAGAGCCGGAGGUGCUGACACUGCUAAAAUGUCCAGAACGGGGUUUACAGAGGGAUCAGCGAUCUGGCAUAGACAAGUUGACAUCAGGUCAAAAGAACGAGCAGUUGGACAGAGCGACACCAUGAGCAGCGUCGGUGCAUCAGGUUACAGAUUGGGUGCGGGGGAUGGCAGAUACCCCGGUGGUACACAGCGCCCAGCAGAAGUGCGGAAACUCCUGGACGAGUUCCGGGCACUGUACCAGGAUCGGCUUCGACGACUCGACCAAUCAGGCGACGGUAAAGAGGAAACGCUGCAGCUAAAGAUUGGGGUGCUGCAGUCGUUUGUACGAGACCUGAGUGAACAGAACCAGGUUCUGAUCCAAACCCUGGAAGAGCUGGAGACGGGAUCUGAGCAGAGAGUUAACAGCCUGGAGAGAGAGCUGGAGGAGUAUGCCUGCAGACUGAAGGAGAAUGACCAGGAGAACCGAACCUUACGGAGCACACAGGAGAGUCUGGAACAGGACAUCUAUGAUCUUCGGACAAGACUGGACUUGACUAAAGAGGAACUGCUUAGUGUGAAAACCAGUGCUCGCCCAUCCUUGGCUCUGUGCCCGAUGCCAACGGAACACCUUACGGGAACCACGGCAACAAUCCACUGCACCCCAGCCUCCGGGUGUCGGACAGAUCCCCUUGAAGACCCGCAGGCCCAGCUUUCCACCAGAGACCACCUGCUUCAGCAGCUCCGAGAGACCUUCCUCUCACAAGAAGAGGCCCGGGCUGAGGUUCAGGAUCGUGAGUCAAAGAUCCAGGAGCUUCAGGACACAAUCACAGCCCUGCACCAGGAGAUCUCAAUCAAAGACUCAGACAAACUGAGCCUGCUGCAGGAGCAGCACAAGCUGGAGAGCAGAGUCAGUGAGCUGGGUCUAGAGGUACGGCAUUUGGAGGAAAUCAUUAGCCAGCUGCGAAGAGAGCUGCUGCAGUUUGGAAGCGCAACCUGUAGCGAUGCCCUGGGCUGGAGUGUGAGAGAUGGUCAGGCCUUCAGUGUCCAGGAACUCCAGGGUUCUUCUUCCAGAGGGACAGAACUUCUGAAAAGUGAGUUAGCACGGCGGGACACUGCCAUCCAGAACCUUCGGAAAGAUGUGCUUCUGUCUCACCAGGCCCGGGAUACCUUGUCUGCUGAGCUGGAUGUCCAAGAGCAGAGGAUCUCUCGGCUUCAGACAGAGCUACAGGAGAGCCAGGCUGAAGUCCACCAUGGACAGGGCCGGAUCCAGCAGCUAAAUCGGGACCUACAGACAGCAGGUCAGCAGUGCGAAGAGCUGCGCACCCAGUUGACAGAGGUGAAAGAUCAGCUUGCUCUUGGGGAGGGGGAGAAUGAGGCUCUGCGGAACUGCAAGCUGGAGCUGACCACUGAGGUUGAGAGGCUGUCUGCAAGAGUGUGCUCUCUGAACCAGGAGGUGGGUGAGAGAGGCGCAGUGCUGACUGAGCAGGCUGACCAGCGGUGCCAGGAGUUAGAGAGCCAGCUCUCAGAGACCCGUGUCCAGCUGAGGCAGUGGCAAGACACAGCGCGGGCCCUACGAGACCGAGCCCAGGACAACAGCCAGAGGGCAGAAGAAGGCCAGGCCCUGCUGCAAGCGGAGCUAGACAGCCUGAGAAGCAAACUGAGUGCCGCCUCCAAGGAGGCCUCAGAGAAGAACUCCCAGCUCCAGCAGCUACAGAGUGUCUAUGAAGAGCUGUGGGGGCAAGCAAGCCAGAACCAGCAAGAGGUGACUGUGCUGAAGAGCCAGCUAGACCAGCAGCAUGAGGAAUUGCACAGCGCCACCCUCAAGUGUAUGCAGCAUGAGCAAGCAGUGACAGAGCUGCGGGAGGAGAGACGGAGACUGGAACAGCUGUGUGGAGAGCUGGAGGGGGAGGCUGGGCAACUGCAGGCACAGCUGGAAAGAGAGAGCCAGGCUGUGGAGAGAGAGAAAGAGGAGCUACACAAGGAGUUAAAGCAGAGAGGAGAAGUGAUUGAGAAGCUGACGAAAGAACAGAAGAGCUUGCAGGACAAAGUUAAGGCUUCCGAACACAGGUUGGAAAUAAGUGCUGGGAGGGUGAAGUUACUACAGAGGCAGCUGGACUCAGCUGGCCGGGCCCGAGAGGAGGAGAGCAGCGAGAGGGACUGGGAGCUGUGGGAGUUGAAGGAGCGACAAAGGGAGGCCGACCAGGAGUUAGUCCUCCGAGACGAGGCCCUGGGAGAGCUGCGGGCUGAGCUAGCAGAGACCCAGCGCGCUCGGGACACUGCAGAGAGGAGAGCACGGCUUCAGGAGGACACAGCCAGGAGCUUGGCGGCUGAGAGCAAGAGCCUGCAGGACAAACUGGGAGAGCUACAGGCCAAGCUGUCUCAGAGAGAGGAGAGUCUGACUGCCUCAGGUCUGGAGGCAAGCUCACUGAGAGGGAGGCUGCAAACUCAGCUUCAUGAGACAGAGGCUCUCCGGGUUCAACUGCACAGCUCCCAGGAUGCAUUGCAGCACGUUACCAAGGAGCUGAGAGAGGUAGAUGAGCAGAUUUCUCAGAGAGAAGAGAAGAUAGAAGAAAUGCAGAGCGAUCUGACUCAGCUUCAGCAGCAGUAUUCUAACUGCUACAACCAGCUGGUGCAGGAAGAGCAGAGCACUGCCAGAGUGAAGGUAGAGCUAUGUGAAGCAGGAGAGGAGCAAGACAGGCUGUCAGCGCAGAUAUCACAACUCAGUGCAGAGAAACAGAGGCUACAUGCUGAACUGGAGGUGCUCACUGAGAAACACAGGGCCGCACAGCAGCAGGUUGGCAGCAGGGACCAGACGGUCUUGAAACUCACAGCGGAACUGAAAACAGUCGAGGAGAAGUUGAGAGCAUCACAAGAUGAGCUGGGAGCGCAGAUUUCAGAGGUGCAGAGUCUGACAGGGAAGGUGAGAGCAUUGCAGAGCGAUCUCAGGAGCCUACAGGAUAUCCUGAGGGACAGAGAGACAGCCAUGAGUGAGAAGGAGCAGAGAGUAACCCACCUUCAACAAGAGAGGCAACUCCUGAUUCAGCAGACUGAGUGCCAGGAGGGGGCGCUGUCUCAGCUGUGCAGUGAGCUGCGGUGCUGCCAAGUGCAGCGGGAGGGGGAGGUCCAGCAGCUGGAAGCGGAGGUGUCUCGUCUGCAGGCCAAGCUGGACUCGUGUAGUCAGCAGCAGCAAGACACAAUGACCCAACUGCAGCAGUCCCGGGCCACUGUGGAGAUGCUCAGCUCUGACCUGGAUGUGGCCCAUAAACUGCAGCAGGAGGUGGGGGAGAAGUUGGCGCAGUGCGAGUCCCGCUUGCGCGCUCAGGAUUUGGAGGUGGUGCGGCUGCAUGGGAGCCUGCAGGAGGCAGAGUCUCGGUGCGCAGCGGCUGAGGCGCACGGGCAGUCCCUCUCAGACUCGCUGGAUGUUUACAAGCAGAAGUACCAGGCGUGUCUGAGCAAGGUGUCCUCACUGGAGAGUGGGCUGCAGAGCAGGGAGGAUGAGCUUAGGGAGGCCAGCGCACAGAUGUCAGAGCGCGACAAUGAGAUCCUGCGGCUACGCGCUGAGGCCCUGGUUUUGCGGAGGGACAUGGAGUCCCGCUCUGCUCAGCUGGAAAGUGGUGAUGAGGCCAUCGAGACACUGAGCCAGGAGCUGAGAGAGACGCAGAGUGAGCUGGAGAGCAGCCGGAAACAUGCAAGAGAGUGCGAGGAAGUGAUCUCGACACUGAGAGAGAGGACUGCGGCACUGCACGCACGGGCAGAGGAGCAGGAGGAAGCCGCAGUGAAGAUCCAGGCUGAUUUCUCAGUGUAUCGAGCAACACACGCACGCUCUGACUCUGAGUACGACACACAGCUUUCACAUAUCGAGCAGCUCAAACAGGAGCUGUCCUACGCGCUGGACCAGUGCAGUGAGCGUGCUCAGCAGGUGUCUGAUUACCAGGGGCUGGUCCGGGAGCUGAAGGAAGAGGUCAGCAGGGUUUCUGAGCAGAAGACCAGCAGCAUGAGAGAGGUGCUCAGGCUGGAGGAGGUUGUGAGGCAGCUGCAGGGAGAGGUGGGGACGCUGGAGCAUCGAGUCUCUAGACUGGAAGAUGACCUCAGGGAGGCACAAAAACUGUGUGCUCAGAAAGAGCAGGCCAUCCAGAAGAGACACGCCCUCUUGAGGAAGUCUGAGACGAACUUGCUGGAGGCACGUGAGGCAAUCCGAGAGAAGGCAGUGGAGGCUGAGAGGCUGCGUGCCGCCGUCGCCUGCCUCGAAUCAGAUGUGCAGAGGCUGCAGCGUGAGACCCGGAAGAAAGAGAACGGGAGCGCCGCCCUACAGGCUGAACUGCAUCGGAUCAAAGAAGAGCUAAAGGAGGCACACGUGCAGUACCGGGAGACAGCCCAGGAACUGGCCCGGCAGGAAGAGAAGGUGGUCCUGGCGGAGGGUGGCCAGCAGAGGGCACAGGAGCAGUUGGGGGAGCGCGUGGCAGAGGUGGUGCGUCUGGAGCAGGGGGAGCGGAGACUGCAGUCUGAGCUGCGCGUGCUCCGGGAGCGAGUUGCCAGUGCAGACCAGGAGAUUGAAGGAUCCAGGAGUCUGAUUGAGAAGCUCAAGGCCGAGGUCACUCAGAGCAAGCAGAGCCACCAGAGCACACUGCAGGAGGGGCUGAGGCACCAGCAGGGGGCGCAGCGGCUUGAGAUGGAGCUUGGCAGCAGCAAGGAGCAGAUCAGGACCUUGCAGAUCCAGCUGCAGGAGCAGGCAGAGAUGAGCCAUCGUCUUCGGGCAGAGUUGAGCCAGGAGCAGGCUCAGCAACAGGACCAGCAGAAGCGCCUGGAGAGCGGGCGAGAGCGAGUGAAUGGGCUGGAGAGAGAAAACGAGGAGCUCCGAGCCAGGCUGCACUCCACAGAACAGCUGCUAAAGGAUAAGGAAAAGCAGAUAUCCAGUCUACAGAACAGUGUUUCUGAGCUCCACAGCGCCUCCCAGCACCUGCGAGAGGAACAUGCUGCUUUCCAGUCACAGCUACACCAUUCCAAAAGAGACAUGGAGGAGGCACAGAGUCAAAGCAAGACGUACUGUGAAGAGGUUAGCAGGUUUGAGGAGACGGUGUCAAGGCUGCGGGCAGAGCUGGAGACAGCCCAGGAGAGGGCGAGGCACGGGGCUCGAGAGCUGGCCUCGGCAGAACAGGGAGUCAGAGAGCUGAGGUUGGAGCUGACCUCUGCGCAGGGGGCUCACAAGGAGAGCAUGGAGCAGCUGAGCGAGCGGAGUCGGGAGGCGGCGAGCCUGCGCAACGAGCUUGUCCGUUCUCAGCAGCGCAAUGCUCAGCUCGGGCAGGAGAACGCUGCAUACGAGGAGCGAAUGAGGCGUCUCAACGGGGAACUGAAGAGACUGCAAAGCCUGAGCCAACACACACACGAUGAGGCCAGAGCGUACGAGAGCAGGCUGUCUGAGCUCAGUGCCCAGCUAGCACUUACACAGAGGAGGGGGCAGGAGCAGCUGGCAGCGCUGGAGUCGAGAGAUGAGGAGACAGUGAUUCUCAAAGUGGAGCUGGCGUCCCUCAGGGAGAAAUACCAUACCUCAGUCCAAGAGCGAGAUGUCUUACACUCAGAGCUGAACAUGUUAAAGCAAAAGUACAUGGCUACCUCCAAUGAGGUGGAGGUGCUACGGUGUUCUCUGGGUGCAGCACGCUCGGACAGCUCUCGUCUUCAUCAGGAGAGCGAGCUGGUCGUGUCUAAUGUCAACCAGUGGGUAAAGGAGCAGAAGCAAGCUAAUGAGAAACUGGGGACAAAGAUAAAGGAGCAAAGCAAACAGAUAGUCCACCUGACAGCUGAAAAGGACCACCUAACGGAGAUGAUUGACAACCUGCAGAGAGAGAACAAGAAGCUCAAGACAGAGCUGGAUGAGCGGAGGAUCGAGAUCGAGAGGGUUCGAGCUCUCCACGCAAGCCAAUCAGAGCACCUUGCUGUCAUGACUCGACUACGAAGCCAGCUGCAUGACCCGGAAACUCUACACUCUGCAAGACCAGCCCUGAACAACAGCGGGAACCUAAAGAAGAAGAGGUAUCUUGCUGCCGACCCAAACUGCAGUUAGACAAUCGAAGAGGGGCCGUUCAGAACUGGACAUCCCAGGUUUCGGCCUAGCCUAGGCCACAUGCAGCAGCAAAAAAAAAAAAUCAGUCACAAGACUCUACUACGCAAAGGACUUGCCAAGCACUGAGACCCUCAGACCUCACACCCCCCCCACAACAGAAGUUUAAAACCUGCAUUGAGAUAUACUGACUGCGUGCAGAACCUCACAUCACCUGCAGAAUACGAAACAAUACUGGACAAAGAGGGUCAAAGACCUCAACAAAACACCACCCGAUGCAGGAUCCAAGUAGAGACACAAAACUCACGUCUCGCAUGCUAAUGCCUUGAGGAUUACUGACUGCUAAGGAUUCUUACUACCAUUCCACUGCACCGGCAUAGGAAAGAAUUAGAUGACUCAGCCAAACCUUGACUCUUGCUUUUGCACCUUAAAGGUCCUUUUAAUAAUUGUAUUUUGAAAUCGCUUGACUUCUCUAGGAGUGCUAUAUAAACUUUUUGUACUCAUAAGUGGUGGUCUAACUAUAGAGAAAACACAUUUUUAAGUGUUCAUCCCCUGUAGCUGCUAUAUAAUCUUUCAAAUGAACAUUGUGUUCUAAUCAUUGAUCUGUUAUUGCAAUUAAAAACAAACCUAUUCAUGUUACAAGAGAACAUUUCUUUUAAUUUGAACCUAUACUCCACCAGUAAAAGCCACAGUUAGAUUUUGUCAUUGCAUUUUACACACCAGGAAAUCGACCAGGAUUAUAUUUACUGUACCAUUCAUUUUUAGGAGUAAUCAUGGGAUAGCCAUGGAUAGGUAGAUUAUGCAAUCCCAGGUGAAAAUCCAGCUGCGAUUUAUCCUGGUCAAAUCAACCCUGAAGGCACACAUCUUGGUCCUUAAAUUAACCUUCCGGAUUGUUUGUUACUUGCAGUUUGCACAAAAAUCAGACCCCAAAUCCCUUUAGAAAAAGAAUCAAAGUGACAGGAAAUACUAAUUUCAAUAUUGUAAAGGACCUAAAGCAAAACCAUCAUUAUAUAGAAUUGUAGAUUUCUGGACAAUUUUAAUAGGAUUAUGGCUUGAAAAUAUAUAGAAAUUAGCAGAGUCAGUUAUAACAUCAUUUAAUACAGUUGGUUGGUUUUGGACGAACAACAGUAAAAUCAAUUGGCAAAGCCUCGGGCAUCUCACCUUUCACACCCAGUAGUUUUGUACAGGUUCACUGUGCCAUGCAUUAGUUGCAAUGGUUUUAAAGGGACGACCCAGAUGCAGAGGGACACACUGGAAGUAUUAGAAUUAGACACCUCCAGUGGUAAAGGGAUGUUAGCAAAAGUAUAGCACAAAGGACUCCAUCUGGACUGUAUAAACAUGUUUAUCUUGAGAUUACCCCUAAAAGAAUGGUUGGUUCAUCCAGUGCUAUAAAAUACUGCAAUUAAAUGCAGAACAGCUUCCUGGCAGUAGAUGAAUUGAUCAAAUUAACCCUUAAGUCAGAAGGUAGCGUGUAAGGAAAUCAAUCCCUUUUUUUAAUGCAGCGUGAUCCACUGGUGCUAAAUUUAUUUAUUUAAUGUUUUUUUAAAUGCAUUGUAGUAUUAGUUACCAGUGUUUGUUUUUGGUACAAUCAUGACGGUUUCUUUUUUUGAUACAUUGUGCUUUCUCAAAUAUAACUGAAGCCCUUCAAGGAGGAACUUAACCAAUACUUAAUUAAACAAACAAUACUUUGCCAUUGUUUGACAUAAUAUUGUUGAAUAAUACAAAACAUAGCUGUAAAAGAAUGUUUCCUAGGAUUAACACUGGACAUAAGAUUGAUAAAAAAAAAAUUGUUUAACUAUGGCUUCAAUGUAAAGAAAUGACCUUUUGCCUAACAGAGGCAUGUUAGCUAUGUUGUGCACUGAAUGUAUUUUUUUUUUUGGUAGGUACUUAUGCAAAAAAAGUACCUAAUGUUGUUGAAGCUGACAC